AUGGAUAUUGAUGAGCAAGUGGCCAUAUUCCUUCAUAUCAUUGCACAUAAUGUGAAGAAUCGGGUCAUGAUAGGUUGUUUCCAGCGUUCUGGUGAAACAAUUAGCAAAAUUGUUACACGAGUUUGUAAUGCGGUGAUAAGGUUGCAUCCAUAUUUGCUUAAGAAACCCGAACCUGUUACAGAAAACUCUACAGAUCAAAGAUGGAAGUGGUUAAAGAACUGUCUAGGAGCUUUAGAUGGAACACACAUAAAGUGCUUAGUGCCACUUAAAGACAAGCCUAAAUACAGGACAAGAAAAAAUGAUAUUGCCACAAAUGUUUUAGGGGUGUGUUCACAAGAUAUGCAAUUUAUCUAUGUUUUACUGGGAUGGGAGGGCUCGACUGCGGAUGGUAGAGUGCUUCGAGAUGCCCUACUUAGGCCACAUGGAUUGAAGGUCCCAAGACCGGGGUAUUAUUUGGUAGAUGUUGGUUAUACAAAUGGUGAAGGUUUCUUAGCCCCAUAUAGGGGUCAAAGAUAUCAUUUGAAUAAUUGGCGUGUUGGACACCAACCAACUACACCUAAAGAAUUAUUCAACAUGAGACAUUCAUCUGCGAGAAAUGUUAUAGAAAAAUGUUUUGGUAUUUUGAAGGCAAGAUGGGGAAUUUUAAGGGACAACUCAUAUUAUCCUAUUGAUCUAAAAAAUAAGAUCAUAAUGGCAUGUUGUCUUCUUCAUAAUUAUAUAAGACAGGAAAUGACAAUUGAUCCAUUUGAGAACCGCUUUGAACUAGAUGAGGGAAUCGGGGAUGUUGGAGGUGGAGACGAUGAUAAUAUCACUCCUGUUGGUGUAUCAACCGAGUGGACUACAUUUAGAAACAACUUAGCGCAAACUAUGUUUGAUUCUUGGAAUACUACACAUUGA